AUCUACCAGCAGCUUCAUCCAUACACAGUGGAACCUUCAUAUAGAAGACAAGAUGUUGUUGCCUGUGCUUCUGCUUUUGAUAACUCUACAUAAUUUGGUGGCAGCUCAAACCAUCAUAUCUGUUCCAAAUGGGCAAACAUUGGGAAGCUGGGGCCCUAUGGAGGUUUGUGAUAGGGGAAUGGAGGUGCGAGGAUUCCAACUUAAAGUGCAUCGACGACAAGGACCUCUAGAUGACACGGCUCUGAACGGGAUUGCACUAUAUUGCACAAGACCUUCAUCCAGUGAGGUGGUGAAGAUCAUUCGCUCUACAGAAGGAGCAUUUGGCUCCUGGGGGCCUACUUUUUCAUGUAAUUCAGGAUAUCUCAAAAAUUUCAGCCUGAGAGUUGAACCUAGAAUCAGGGGGGAUAACACGGCUGCCAACAACAUCAAGUUUACGUGCUCUGAUGGCUCGGUCUUGGAGGGAAAUGGUCUUACCUGGGGAUAUUAUGGACCAUGGAGCUCUACCUGUUCAGAAGGAAUGCGUGGCAUCCAAGUCAGAGUCCAGGAAAGACAAGGAUUUUGGAGGGAUGAUGUCGCUCUCACUGAUGUUAAGUUUUUGUGUAAUGCCUAAUGAAAAGUCAUUAACUAAACCUGAAAGCACUCAGAAAAUAAAAUAAUUUUUCAGCAUCA